CUCCUCCUCCUCUGCUUUUCCUUCGGCUGCCCUGCGCCGACCUGCUCCUCUUGACGCCUUAACGCCAUGGUCGUGAUGUCAGUGCUGGCAGCCUCCUGCGACGUCACGACUUCCUGUCCAUUCUGGCUUGCAGCGUCGGCACGGUGCUGUUGAGCCCCCAGACCCCCCAGACCCCAUUGCACCCCAUUGCCCCUUUCUGUUGUCUCUUCAAAUUCACAUUGUGCUCUGCUUUUGGCAAGAAUUGGGGUUAUAGGAAUCAAGAAAUCGCACGGGUGGUUUUGGAUAAUGCGGCUCUUGGGUUGGGGAAAAUAAUUUUGGCUGACGUUUCUUUUGUCCAUAGUAACAAAUCGCAGCUCUAGAGUUGGAAAUGCUGGACCUCCAUUUUUCUGUUUAGUGUGUGCACUGCAUAGACAAUCUGAACAAAUGCACCUUGAUGAGUCUCUCGUUCAAAAAUAGGUUGCCUCAACUCUCUGACGGAGUCUGUGACACUGAUAUAUGUUUCUACGUUGUAUGUGUGUGUAGGAGAGUAGGGCACAACUUGAUUCAAUCCAUGUUGAAUCAUAGAGGUUGUUGCGAGUAAUACAUACACGUCAUUUGCACAUGAGUAUAAUUUAGACGGUGAGAUUUUUUAUCUUUGUUCUCAUUUGGAAUUAUAAGUAUCUGCAUCCACUUUGUUUUAGGAGCAAGGUGUAAUUAUCUGUAUUUUUCUUUUGGUAUAACACAUCAAUCUUUUCUUUUAUUCGAUUUAUGGCAGAUCAUAAUGCCUAGAGAGAACUUGCUGAAACAUAUGUUUCCUUACAAAUGUAAGGUGUUCAAUAUCAAUCCACUCUACAUAAUCUACUAGAUAUGGAUCUCAUAGUACUGUACUGUUCCCAUUUCUUAUCAGGUACAAGCAAGCUGCAUUUUGUUAUGAGGAGCUAAUAUUAGCCCAACCAACUAUUCCACUCUAGCAUAGAGAAUUUACAUUGCUCAAUGUAUUUUUAGGGUUUCCGGAUAAUCUGUUGUUUAAUGUCAAAUUUCAGGAAAAAAAAUAGAUGCAGGUCAUGACUUCAGAUAUACUACCAUCUUUGUUUACUUUUCUAGCUGAUUGUUGAACUUGCAUCAGUUGUUAUAAUUAUAACAAAUUUAGUAAAAAUUAUUAUUUGAGCCAUUAGUCUACCGUUUAGCAUGUGUAGGUACCCAGUUAUGUUCCUUUGUCAUUAGCUUUAGCUAAAACACAUACAAAUCAUUGCAAUUUGGUGUGCUUGUAUGAGUUAGUCAUCCAUGGAUUUCUUUGGUUAUAUUUUUUCAAAAUAACUGCCUUGAGUUCAUUAGGGAAGCGGAACAGAGUCAUGCUGGAUUUAUAAGUAUUUAGGUAGAGGGAUCUAUUUGGGUUCAAUCCAAAUCAUGGUUAAAGGGAGGAAAAACAUGUACUUCUAUUUGACAUAUCUUUAGUAAAUAAAUAGUGGGAUUAUUUGUUGGUCGUGCAUUCAAAACAGUUAAAACAUGUUCUAAGUUGACAAAGGUUGUGUUGUUAUGGCUCUAGAAAAUAAAGUUCACUUGGUUUAUACCUAAAAGUGUAAUGAAAACAUUUUUUCCAUAAAUGCCACUUCAGUACCACAAUCAGUCUCGACAACAUUUACAUGGCUCAUGGUUGGGGAAAAAGUAUGCACUGACAUGCUUCAAAAAAAGAGUAUGCAGUGAAUUUCUUAGCAGUGCCAUCUCUUGUACAUUUUAUGAUUUUUAUCACUUUAGCAUCCCUCUUGAUAGCGGAGCUAUGUUUCUGGCAUUCUGAAGGGCACACCAUUAAAAACUUAACAAACACUAGCAUUGAAUGCAAAAUGAGUACAUGUCUAUAUACUUAUACGAUUAUUGUUAUAUAAUUUCACAAUAAGUGUUAUGAAACUUUUUUAUUUUGGAUAAACCAAUAGUAGAUGCAAAAAUAUAGGAGUCAAAGGGAUACUAUUUCACCAUACAAUUUUACUGUGCAUGUAUGAUUGGUACCAAUUUCUGUUAAUUCUGUAGCAUGUUUGUUGUAUUUACAGUGUUUUGUGCCAUCGUUUGCCGCAUGUUGUAGUGAGCUGAGGCCUCAAAUGGGAGAGUGGGAGACCUCUUUAUGCUCCAAGGGUGUGCAGGAGAUAAAUUUGUGGUCCGAGUUCCAAAAUCCCACGAGUGACGUUGUCUCCCAUGCGACGUUUAGGAGCAACUUCAGUGAAGGGAGAAGGAUCGUCCAGUUGCAAAUCAGAGCAGGCACAAAACACUGUAAAUACAACAAACAUGAUGCAUAUCCUAGCCUACAGAUUCAUUGAACACAUUAAAUUUACGAGAGCAAAGUACAAACCAUGUAUCUGUUUGUUUCUGCUGAUGGUGAGGAACUUCCUGCAGCGCAUUCAUGUGGGCAAGUGGAUGAUGAUGGGGAUCAAUGGUAUGAAAUCAAAGCAGCAUUCAAGCUUGAAAAACAGCCAUCCAAAGUUACUGCAUAUGUUCAAGGCCCUCCUGUAGGUGUUGAUCUUAGAGUCAUGGACUUUUAUAUAUAUGCUGUCGGAGAAAAUAGACAAGUCUUGCUGUGGAUAAAAACCAAUGGGUCAAUUGUGGGCAAGUGGAUGCUGAUGGGGAUCAAUGGUAUGAAAUCAAAGCAGCAUUCAAGCUUGAAAAGCAGCCAUCCAAAGUUACUGCAUAUGUUCAAGGUCUUCCUGCAGGUGUUGAUCUUAGAGUCAUGGACUUUUAUAUAUAUGCUGUCGGAGAAAAUAGACAAGCUUCCAUACGAAGACAUGACACCUUUUCAGGCAGCAGUUGCCAUUGUUCAAAAGAUCGACUGGAUCUAUAUGGGAUUGACUCUGCUCGUGCUGAAGGAGAAAGAGCGUGAUUGGCUUGCGGGGGAUCAUGUUUCGGUUCAUCUUUUUUCAUGGGUCAUGUUACCUGUCAUUUUAGAUUACACAACUUCUGAUAUUUCUAUCUUUGUGAGAGAACUACCAAAAUAGUUUUACAUUAUGACUACUCUCAGAUGUGUUCAUGGUGUUGCCACUAAUCAUAUAAGGGUAACAUUGUAUUUGAUAGCAAACAAUUUUAAAGAUAUUAAAG